AAAUAGUUUACAAUUAGUGGUGGUAGUUACACAACUUUGUAAAUACACUAAAAAUCGCUGUUGUAUACGUUAUAGGGGUGGAUUUUAUAAUAGUGUUUGUUAACUGUGGUCCAGCUUGAAGUGUAUGUAUCCAAGUCCUAGCAAAUCCUAGGCUUUAGGCGGUUUGCUGAGACCUGCCUCCGGUGCUCGGAUUGAUUUUACAUCUGUUGAGGUGACUGGGGCAUUCGAAUGUAAACACGGGACGAAACUGAGGUGCCUUUGAGGACUUGGGUUAGCGCCGCACAUCUAAGACACCUGAGACCAGUUUGGAGACUAUAACUAGACCCGUCACGGCCAACAGCUGGAUUUGGACAAUGGUCCCGUUUGGACAUGGACCAUAAGUGGAAAAGGCAAGCAAUCAGAGACGAGAUUAAGACAAAUCGUUUUACUUCUCUCGCUCCCGGGAGAGCCUCCCACAUUACCAAGGACAUGCUCCCAGGGCCCUACCCCAGGACCCCCGAAGAACGGGCCGCCGCCGCCAAGAAGUAUAAUAUGCGAGUGGAAGACUACGAGCCCUACCCGGACGACGGCAUGGGGUAUGGCGACUACCCGAAGCUCCCUGAUCGCUCACAGCAGGAGAGGGAUCCGUGGUAUGACUGGGACCAUCCAGAAUUGAGGUUGAACUGGGGUGAGCCGAUGCACUGGGACCUAGACAUGUAUAUCAGGAACCGUGUGGACACAUCCCCCACGCCUCUUUCUUGGAAUGUCAUGUGUAAACACCUUUUUGGCUUCGUGGCCUUCAUGCUGUUAAUGUUUUGGUUGGGUGACACUUACCCCUCCUACCAGCCUGUGCCCUAGGGGCUCCGGGCUGGAGAAUGCACGUAGGGCUGGUGUGAGCACUAACUUCACUUCAGGAGAGCAAGAAACACAGUGUGGCUCUUCCAUUUUUCAGUUCUGUAAGCACAUCACCCUUUUCUCCUCCCCUUGAGCUGUGUUCUCUGACAGCUGUUUGUUGGUAAAGCCAGCAGCCCCUAAAGCACGUCCCAGCCGUGUCUCCUCUGUGCUCUCCCCCACCGCUGCUCCUGCACGCCUCAUUUGCUAGGCCACUUUAGUGGUGGAACCAUUAGAGGCUGAGUGACUUAAAGGAGAUUGAGUCUGUCUCGACCCCGAGAGAGAGUGGGAUGGAUGGAUGCAUCGUCUCAUUUACAAAGCCUGUGUGCACGCUCACGCUCUCACGCGUGUUCCCUCCCCCACCCCCUCCACACACACUGUAGAUACCAGUUCUCUUACAAUCUAGGCUUUCUCUCUGCCUUGGGCUGAGUGUGGAAGAGGAGUGCUGUUCCUGACAUUCUGUCCCAGCUGGGUCUGGCCAGAGGCUACCAUGUGCCCAUUUACUAUAAGUGAUUAUUAACUCAGAGUGGGGGAUAGCCAGAUAUUGGUUGGACGUUGUUGUUCUUGCUGACCUGUGUUUUUUCCUAGGGGCCAAAGCAGUAUCCUUACAAUAAUCUCUACCUGGAACGAGGCGGCGAUCCCACCAAAGAACCUGAGCCGGUGGUUCACUAUGAGAUUUGAGGAGACUUCGUGGGCUUUAUGCCCCCUGACUAACUCCCUCAUUCCCAGAGAUUUAACCUUAAUGGAAUCCCUAAUAAAACUUAGUGCUAUGGUAUCUGUGCCUCAUUUCCCCAGGAAUAGCCGCUGCUGUGAGGAAUCUCAUCCUUUCUCUGUUUCUGCCUACUGUCUGACCGUCCCUCGUCCCCUCCGCCACACUGGAAGGAUGGGAGGAUGAAGGGAGUUAAGCACAAGAAUAUGCUUAUUUGUUCAUUUUGCUAGGCCUGCGAAGGUAGUUGAGGACUCCAGUAGUGCAGUAGGUGGUAAGGGGAGCUCCUUUUUUUCACUUACAGAAUUGAGGAAAAAGGAAGAUAGGUUCCUGAAUUUCCAAGUUGGAGCAAGAUUUACUUCCCUUAGAAAAACCUUUUUAUAGUGAUUGGUUAAAAAAAAAAUAACGUGUUUCAAGUAUACUUUCAGGUGUUUUUGGAUUGACCUAGGGCUGUGACUACCUCUAAUGUUAUUUCAAAGAACAUGUAUUCCUUAUUCCAAAGCAAUUUCUGAAGCCUACCUUCUUAUAAGUUGAUAGAAACUAUAAUUAUGAAUUAGAGGACAGUUCAGUGAGUUACUCUGAACUCAUAAGGCCUACAAAUAGUCUUAGAAGAAAAUUAU